UCUUUGAUUUCUUCUUGUUUUUGAAUUGGGAAUGCGGAGUUAAUACUUUGAGAUUAUGGAUUGUGGUCCUAGAGAGAAUGUUGUUUGCUCGGAAUCCAUUAAUGGCGGUCGGGAUGUUUGGAGUUCCAAAGAUUCUGCUUCUUCUGCUGAUCAUCUUGUCGUUAUGGCCAACGGUAUCCUCGGACGUUCAAAAGACUGGAAGUUUGCAGCUGAGCAGUUUGCUAGAAUGCUUCCUGACAAAGUGAUUGUUCAUUGUAGUGAACGCAAUGAGUCUAAGAUGACGUUAGAUGGUGUGGAUGUUAUGGGCGAGAGAUUGGUUGAGGAGGUUGUUGAAGUAAUUAAACGGAAGCCACAUGUACGGAAAAUUUCUUUCAUUGCACAUUCUAUGGGAGGUUUAGUGGCAAGAUAUGCAAUUGGGAGACUGUAUAGACCUCCUAAGACAGAACCUGUGGAGGGUGCACGUUGCGAAGAUUCAAGAGGCACUAUCUAUGGUUUAGAGGCAAUGAAUUUUAUCACUGUUGCUACGCCUCAUCUUGGAUCUAGGGGCAACAAACAGGUUCCAUUUCUUUUUGGUGUAUCUGCAUUUGAGAAAGCUGCAUGUCUUAUUAUUCAUUGGAUAUUUGGGAGAACUGGCCGACAUCUUUUUCUUACCGACUUUGAGGAAGGGAAACCUCCAUUGCUUCAACGCAUGGUGGAUGAUUGGGGUGACCUUUAUUUCAUGUCUGCACUUCGUGCAUUCAAACGGCGGGUGGCAUAUUCCAAUGUUGGCUAUGAUCAUAUUGUGGGCUGGAGAACAUCAUCAAUUAGACGUGAUAGGGAACUGCCAAAGUGGGAGGAUUCUCUUAAUGAGAAGUAUCCACAUAUUGUGUAUGAAGAAUACUCGGAAGCAAAAGAUGGUGAGCAGCCCAUCUCAGUGGAAGAUAAAGGUUCUGAUAUGCUUGAAGAAGAGAUAGUGAGAGGUCUCUCUCGUGUGACAUGGGAGAAGGUAGAUGUUAGCUUUCACAGCAGUAGGCAGAGAAAUGCUGCACAUAGUAUCAUUCAGGUCAAGGAUCACUUCAUGCACUCAGAAGGUGAAGAUGUUAUACAGCACAUGAUAGACCAUUUCCUUACAUAGAAGUCGAGCAACUGUAAACUAUUAGACUGCUCGUGGUGUUAAUUCCAGAUCAUUUCAACGAUUGUUAGAUCUGGUGAACUGCUCUCUCUCUUGGACUCUUGGUCCCGGUUUGAAGAGCAUUCUGUUCUACCAGAAGCUCUUGUUGUCCCAGGUUGAAGGCCAUCUAGUCUCAUGCUAUCAUAUGUUCUGAGGGAAAUAAGAAUAUGAAAUAAAAUUUUGCUGAUUCAUUAUUUGUUGUAUUGUGCAUGUACAUGAAUAUGUAUCUGUCAAUAAGCGCACAUGCUAUUUUCAAAUGAGAAGGAUCAGGCUCUGCAAGGCUGUUUGAUCAAAAGUUCCCUUAGGUAUCCAAUCAAAACAUUUAUGUUUGCCAUUCUAUGGAAAUCCAAG